GUUGCACUAGUAGGCGAUAGUGCAGCCAAGAAAAAACGCUAUCAGUGAUUCAGAUCAGACAAACCAAACAAUGGAAAAGGCUGGCCAUAUUGUGAAUAUUGUCCUCGGAAAAGAGGCAGGAGCCAAUUAAACUAGAAGAAGAAGAAGAAGAAGCACCCAUCAGAGAGAAGUCCUCUGGUUACACCAGUUACGCAUAAUAAUUUAAUUGCGUGCAAAAUUAUAUGUCACGAAGAAUUGAAAAUAAACUUUAAAUUUUGUCUCUGCACCACUCAACGAGUCAACGAGCGUGUUGCUUUAAAUAUGGUUUAUGUAACGGAUGAUGGUAACGUGGUAAAAUCUACUCCAUGGGGAUUGAAGAGGAUUCUCGGAUUUUUUACAGGAAUAAUUUAUAUGAUCAUCAUGUUUUUCCAGACAUUGUUCAAUCCUGGCAUGAAUUCAUUGGGAAGUCGGUAUUCAAGGGACUAUCAUCCUGGCUCUGGGCCACGUCCUCCAACACGUAGACUUGGUAGACCAAAUACGGGAAACAAUGUUGACAUCCCAUUUUUCGGAGGAUGUAGCAGUUGUGCAAGAUGAAAAAGUUAAAGCAAAAAUAUUUUGUUGUAUUCAUUUUAAUAUAAGAAAAAUUAAAGUAGCUAGUAUUGAAACCAAAAUCGAUAUAAUUGAGAGGUGGAUGUAUAAUUACAUUUAUAUCAAUUUGUCCAGUAUCUUUUGUUAUGAUAAAGUGUGUUAAUGUAUUUAAAAAAAAAAUGUAUUUAAUAUAUCAAAAAUUAUAACUUUCUCAUUAAGCAAUUUGUUAUUAAAGGAAUUUUUGUAACUUAUAAAA